AAACUUUUUGACCCUAUAAAAAUUGUCAGGUGGGCAAUCCAGUUAUUACACAGUACUCCGUCUUCACCAACCAAUCAUCACCUUUGUAUUUCCCAGACUAUGGCGGACGGCAAAUCGUCAAGUGAAACAGCCGGAAAACCAAUUCGAUGCAAAGCUGCAAUUUCUCGCGAAGCAGGCGAGCCUUUAGUGAUAGAGGAAAUCAUGGUGGCUCCUCCGAGUCCGUACGAAGUUCGAAUUCGAAUCAUCUGCACAUCUCUCUGUUACAGCGACAUCACGUUCUGGAAACUAAAGGUGCCUCCUGCUUGUUUCCCCAGAAUCCUAGGCCACGAAGCGGUCGGUGUGGUGGAGAGUGUGGGUGAGCAUGUAGACGAGGUAGCAGCAGGGGAUAUCGUCAUUCCAACUUUCUUAUCAGAAUGUGGAGAAUGUGAUGAUUGUUGUUCCAAACAGAGCAAUUUAUGUUCAAAAUUCCCAUUCAAGGUCCAUCCAUGGAUGCCUAGACAUGAGUCUAGCAGAUUCACUGACCUUAAGGGACAGACUUUAUAUCAUUUCCUAUUCAUUUCGAGUUUCUCCGAGUACACAGUGGUCGAUGUCUGCCAUGUAGUCAAGAUUGAUCCUUCAAUCCCUCCAAAUAGGGCAUGCCUCUUUGGCUGUUGUGUAGCUACAGGGGUUGGUGCUGCUUGCAAAUCGGCAAAUGUUGAGGCCGGAUCAACUGUUGUCAUCUUCGGGCUGGGAUCGAUCGGACUAGCGGUUGCAAAGGGAGCAAAAUUAUGUGGUGCAAAUAGAAUUAUAGGAGUGGAUGUGAACCCAGAUAAAUUUGAAGUUGCAAAAAAAUUUGGAGUCACCGAGUUUAUCAAUUCAAAAGAAUGCGGGGACAAAUCUCUAAGCCAGGUAGUCAUGGAGAUGACUGGAGGAGGUGCAGAUUACUGCUUUGAAUGUGUUGGGAUAGCAUCCUUGGUACAAGAAGCCUUUGCAAGCUGUCGGAAGGGUUGGGGAAAGACUAUUGUUUUAGGAGUGGACAAGCCAGGUGCACAGUUAAACUUGAGCUCUUAUGAAGUUCUUCAUUCUGGGAAAAUCCUCACUGGUUCCUUGUAUGGAGGAGUCAAACCCAAAUCUGAUCUCCCACUUCUGCUAAAACGUUACACUGACAAGGAAUUAGUGGUGGAUGAAUUUGUGACACAUGAGGUGAGGUUUGAAGACAUCAACAAAGCCUUUGAAUUACUUCUGGAAGGAAAGUGCAUCCGAUGCGUGAUAUGGAUGGAUAAAUGAGUCAUUUACACAUAAAUACAUGCUUUCAAUCAUAAUAACAGGGCUUUUACUUGCGUGCAUGUCCCCGUCUAUAAUGCCAUCAAGUAUCUGGGUUUGACAUUUCAAAUGUAUCUGAGUUUGCAACAUUAUCUAUAUAUUUUAAUUUUCAAUAAAUUAAAUUCAGAUGUUAUCUUUA